AUUAAAUUAUGUUUAAAAAGCUCUUGAUGAAGCAGGUAAAAAUGGGGCAAAAAUAUCUAUUUUGGGCGAAACAUUUAAUUGUCUUUAUAAUAAGGAUUAUUGUAUUGCAGCAAGUGAAAAUUUUUCUGAAAAUUAAGAAAAAACACCUACAUUAAAAUUAUUAAAAGAGUAUGCAAUAAAAUAUAAAAUGUCUAUAAUAGGAAGUAUUCCAGAAAUAGAUUCUAAAAAUAAUUUAUAUAAUACUUGCAUAGCAAUUAAUUAAGAAGGAAAUUUAGCAGCUGUACAUAGGAAAAUACAUCUAUUUGAUAUAAAUAUUCCAGGAAAAGCAACUUAUAAAGAAUCUGAUACGUUUAAAAGUGGAGACAAAAUAACUAUUUUUGAUACAGGAUUUUGUAAAAUAGGGUUAGGUGUUUGUUAUGAUAUAAGAUUUGCAGAAUAUGCAUUAGUAAUGUGCUAAAAAAAAGGCGCAUAAAUUUUGAUAUAUCCAGGAUCUUUUUCAAUGGGAACUGGACCAUAUCAUUGGGAUUUGCUUUUAAGAGCUAGGGCCAUUGAUAAUUUAUGUUAUGUAAUAGGAAGUUGUACAGCUAGAUUUACUUAAGAUUCUUCAGUAUAUUGGGCUUGGGGACAUUCAAGAUUGGUUGAUCCUUUUGGAUAGGUCAAAGUCAGUUGUGAAUAUGAAGAGGCUAUUUUAUAUCAUGAUGUUGAUUUGGAUUAUUUAGAUUAGAUUAGAGCAUAAAUUCCUAUUUAUUAGUAAAAAAGAUAUGAUAUUUAUGAAGUUAUAGAUAAAAAAUCUAAUAUUUGA